AUGGCGUCUGUGGCUCACUCAAGAGAAGUAACUGUAUUCGACCCAACACCCCUUUUAUCAACCCGCGUGCAGCGAUAUGCACCAGGGGCCAUCAGAAGACUCCUCCCUCUCGAAAACCUCCCGGGGAUGAUCUCGCUCGUUGCUGGGAAACCAAAUCCAGAGGUAUUCCCUUUUGAAAAGAUUACCCUGUCUCUUAAAGGGUCAAAUAAAGAGAUCGUCUUGACACGAGAAAAUGGUCUUACAGAUGGCCUACAAUAUGGUUUGCCAGGGGGUAAUCCAGACUUAGUCAAGUGGUUUGAAGAAUUUCAAUGUGAAUUACAUGGCAUAGAUAGAAGCCAGGGGUGGACUUGUUGUAUCGGAAACGGCAGCCAGGAACUCCUACAUAGGACAUUUCAAGUUCUGACGGAUCCAGGCGACUCAGUCCUCAUUGAGACGCCAGCAUAUCCGGGCGUUGUAGGUUUUCUCCAAGCAGAAGAUUACGGGCUGAUCCAAGCCAAAACAGACAGACACGGCUUAGAUCCCUUUGAAUUAGAGAGAUCACUAUCCCAGUGGCCUGAAAAUCGGCCCCGCCCUAAAGUAUUAUAUACUAUUCCCACUGGAUCUAAUCCAACUGGCCGAUCGUGUCCAGAGUGGCGCAAAAUUGAAAUCUUACGUCUAGCUAAGAAAUUCAACUUCAUGAUUCUAGAGGAUGACGCAUAUUACUUUCUUAACUUUGAGGACUGUUCAAACGGAAAAUCACGUAGCUACCUUGCCCUCGAGCGGGAGGUCAAUGGAGAAACCGGCCGGGUAAUACGAUUUGAUUCAAUGAGUAAAAUCGUGAGCGCCGGUAUGCGGCUCGGUGUCCUCACCGGGCCUCUACCCAUCGUCAAAAAUGUCAUCAAGCUCACCGAAAAUAUAAACCUUCAACCCUCAUCUACCACUCAGAUGCUAGCUCUAUCCCUCUUUCGACACUGGGGUCACACAGGUUUCCUAGAGCACUGUGCUAAAGCUAGCGGUUUCUAUCGGCGGAAGCGAGAUGUGUUCUCAGCCGCCGCGGAGAUGCAUCUUGAACAUCGCGCAACAUGGGAUGUGCCAACUGCGGGAUUAUUCUUCUGGCUAACGCUACGACUCCCGCCUGGGGAAGACACAUUCGAGUUACUGAGUAAGAAGGGAAUGGAAUAUGGUUUGCUUGCGAUCCCAGGCGUUGCCUUCAUGCCCGAUAAUCGCAAGACUUAUCAACUAAGGGCCAGUUUUAGUCUUAUUACAGAGGAACAGGCCUACGAAGCUUGUCGGCGGAUGGCUCAACUAGUAGACGACGCUUGGGGGGACUGGGUGCGGAAAUUCGUACCGGGGCGUAUAGACAAGAAUGGAUUGUCUAGCCCAACUGCGAAAGUGUUCUCCUAG